AUGGAGACACACAAUACAAGUUCACCAACAGAAUUUGUUCUGCUGGGACUCCUGCACCACACCAGAGCUCACACUUUCGUCCUUGCCAUCAUUUUGCUUGCCUUGGUUACUGCCAUGUCUGGAAAUAGUCUCCUCCUCAUACUAAUCCAGGUGGAUUCCUCCCUUCACACCCCCAUGUACUUCUUCCUCAGUCAACUGGCCUUCAUGGACAUCUGUCAGACCCUGAUUGAAGUCCCCAAAAUGUCCCCAGGCAACCCCAUUUCUCCAGCUGGCUGUGGGGCUCAGAUUUUCCUCACACUGACAAUGGGUGGAGCAGAGUGCCUCCUUCUGGCAGUCAUGGCUUACGACAGGUACGUAGCUAUUUGCAAACCCUUGCAAUACCCCGUCUUGCUGAGCAGGAGAGUCUGCCUGGGGCUGGCAGCUGGGGUCUGGGUUGGGGCAGCUGCAGAUGCCUUGAACCAUUCAGUUUACACCAUGCACCUGCCCUACUGUGGUUCCAAAUAUAUCGACCAAUUCACUUGUGAAAUCCAAUCCCUGCUGAAACUGUCCUGCUCUGACACCUCCCAGUAUGAGACUGUGCUGUAUGUGACUGUAAUUGUGCUGCUCCUCAUCCCUUCUUCCAUCACACUAGCGUCCUACGCUCGCAUCCUCUCCAUGGUCCUGAGGAUGAAGUCAACCAAAGGACAGCAGAAAGCUCUCAAUCUGCCUCCACUGUCAUGCUGA